ACGGCCUGUCCCUCAUGUUUCUCUCUUGCCACAGAUGACAGAAGCAGCAGCAGUCUCUGCCCCGGCUCCCUCUGCUCCUGGAGAAGAAGCCAAAGAGGAGCAAAAGGAGCAAGAGGACCACGAGCCUGCAGCUGUGGUCACAGCAGAGCCUGAUGGCUCCAAGAGAAUGACAGAAGCAGCAGCAGUCUCUGCCCCGGCUCCCUCUGCUCCUGGAGAAGAAGCCAAAGAGGAGCAAAAGGAGCAAGAGGACCACGAGCCUGCAGCUGUGGUCACAGCAGAGCCUGAUGGUUCCAAGAGAAUCCUUCCAGAGAAAGAGCAGGAGCAGAUUGCCUUAUCAGAGAUGCCAUGCCAGACUCAGGGAGAGCUGAGAGCCCGAGAGCAGGAAGAGCAGCUCAGGCAGCAGGUGGAAGAGCCACAGGAGAAUGGCCAGAACAUCAAGGCAGAGCCACAAGCAGAGCUGCCCGAAGCUCAGAGUGCCAUCACAGAAGUGAAGAAGAGGAACCAGGAAGAGACAAGAAGAAUUCAAGAGGAGAUGAAUCUCCAUCAGCAGAGGGGCGAUCAACAAAACCAGGUGACUGAAAGAGUGGCAGUCACUCCACUGAAAGAUCCUCUCUCUUGUAUUUUAGAGAAAUUGAAGGAACAGCUGGACACAGACUUUCAGAAAGCUCACGCUAAGAUCAUGGCAAGGGAGAAGAGGCAGGAGGAAGAAAUGAAAAUCAUCAGAGAAAAACUUAAUCCCCUCCCUCAGGCUCUACAAAAGCAAGUGCAAGUGUUGACAUCUCACCGGGCAGCCGGCAAAGACUUCCGGCAAAUGAGUGGCACUGAAGAGCCCCGAGGCUGGCGUGAGAUCUACAAGGGCUUUGUCACCAAACCUGCUGCAGCAGCAGCAUGGUCUAAAGGAGCCUUUGCUCCCCAACCUGAGAAGUGGAGCCGGGGCGGUUUGUUCAUCUCCAGUGCUGACCCAGCUGCUGCUCAGCAACAGGAGAUCAAGGAUGACUCCCUGGAGCUACGGAGGAAAAUAGUGAACAUGGAAAAUCCUGUGAUGAAAUACACGGAACUGGAAUAUAUUGGCAGAGGGACUUUUGGAGAUGUUUGCAGAGCACUUGACAAUGCCACAGGAGAGAACAGGUAA